GGAGGGGCCGACAGAGGCUCCGAACACCUGCCGCUGACCUGCCGGUGAACUCCCGGUAAACUGCCGGUAAACUCCCGGUGAACUCCCGGUAAACUGCCGGUAAACUGCCGGUGAAAAGCAGGACUGUGGCUCGGCCUCUGGUUCCUGGAACUACAGGUCUGGACUUGAGUCAUCGUCUCAGAGCAGAGGAACAGAGAAGGUUUAACGUCAGUUGAUCAGAAUCAGACUUAAUCCAUGUUCAACCUGGAGGACAGUCUACAGGAGACGGACUCUGAGUCUUUGGACCGCUGCAUCCAGACGUCUCUGUCCGACCUCUACCCCCCCUUCCAGUCCACGUCCUCCACCGUCCUCUGUCAGGUCCUCAGUGUGGUGGAGAGCAGCUACAGCGGAGACGGCCUCCGCUACCUGCUCCACUUCCUGCUGCCCGCCAAGAAGGUCCUGCAGACACUACAGCAACAUGCCUGUUGUCAGUACAGUGGAGUCUUGUUUCGUCAUGAAGGCUGGCCUCUGUGUGUCCAUGAGAAGGUAAUCGUUCAGCUCUGUCCUCUGGACCAGCGUCUCCUGCGUCCAGGAGACUUUUAUCUGCUGGUGUCUCCUGCGGCUGCUCCUCCUCUUCGAGCACACAGCGCCUCCUGCAGGAGCAGCGUCGCCUCCUCCCCCAGCCUGCUUUUGUGCAGUGUGUCGGCAGGCAGCCGGCAUGUGGAGCGGCAGGAAGUGUCGGAGUUAGCCCUGCGGUCACUCUUCAGCAUGGCCUGGCUGGACUCGGUCAACAGGGAGAGGGAGCAGCGAGGAGCGUCCAGGCUGGAGCGCUGCGUCCUCUCUGCCAAUGGAGACGUCUUCAGGGUUCCCUGGGAGGACCUCGUCUACCCACAGUUCCUCAGCCGGGCCCGGACCGCCCGGAUGGAGGACCACGAGUCUUCCAUGAAGGAAGAGUUAGUUUCUCCAGGUCGAGAUGUUAACUCUGUGACCCAGCAAGAUGUGAAGCUCCUCCCAUCCCAAACCAACCAAUCAGCUGCUAGCAGCGAGGCCGAGGACUCGGAGGGCGAGUACGUGGAGCUGACGGAGCUGACGCUGCCUCGCUUCUCGCCACAGAGGGGUUCCUUAACCCAGUCCAUCAGCCUGCAGCUCCAAGCAAGGACCAGUUCACACAACUCAACACACACACCUCACAACACACACACACCUCACAACACGCACACACAUUCUGCUGUGAGCCUGCACACCUCAACACACACACCUCACAACAAACUAACACCUCACUGGUCCGGUGUGCGGGUCAGUUCUCACACUGGACUUUGCACCAAACUCAUCGAGGAAAACUUCAAGCAGGACACUUGUGGACCUUUUGUCCUCAGCCCCGUCUCCCCCCCCGACCUCACCCCCACGUCCGCUGCUCCUCCUGAGGUCGUGGAAUCCUCCAUCGUUCAGUCAGAGCAGCCGGCCAAUAGGGAGCAGACACAAGGUCUCAGCACUGAGUUGUCUUCUGUCCAUUCAGCUGAUUCCAGUCCAACAGAACCACAACAACCAGCUGUCUGUUCACAGACGACUGGUCCAACUGUCCCAGGACAGUCCACCCUCUCCUGUCCAUCGCCUCAGUCCAGCUUCUACAGUGUGCUGCUGAGCUCUGGAGCUCUGUGUCUGCCUGGAACCAGAGACAGAAGUGGACGAGCUCUUCUCACCGCCUCAACCAGCAGCUCCAUGUGGUCGAACCCUGAUUGCGAGCGGGCUGACCUGCUCCGCCUCCUGCUCUAUUACACCUCCACCCUCAGGAAGGAGGUGCGAGCGUUGGGGGUGACGGUGCUUGUGGACGCCCGCAGAGCAGCUCCUGUCCCCGCCCUCUUCUCUGCCCUCAUGUCCCUGCAGGAGAACACACCAGGCUCCAUCCACAGUGUGUUACUGCUGGUCAGCAGAGACUCCUCCUUGGUCCGUCUGGACAGAGCCGUGAUCACACAGGUGGAGGUGUUGCAUUCUCUGAAGUCUCUUCAGAAGCACGUGGAGCUCCAGCAGCUUCCUACAGAGUUCGGAGGCUCCUUCAGCUUCAGUCAGCGCAGCUGGCUCUGCUUCAGAUCGAGAGUGGAGCAGCUGACCAAUCAGUGUGAGGACGUCAUCAAGCUGCUGCAGAAAACCAUCAAUACCCUGGAGAACACACCUCUCCCUGCUGCUGCUCAGGAUGCCGAGUUGCUGCUGUCCCGCUGCAAAGCGGUGAUGCGUAGUGUCCUUGAAGAUGGCCGAUUGGUCCGGUUACAGCAGGAGGGCGGGGCCUCUCUGUCGCGGCUCCGCAGAGAGGAGAGCGUUAUCAGCGCGACAGAGGAUUAUAGGGCGGAAGUGGAGACGGUGUCCUCUCUGUACGAUCAGGUGGACGAGCUGCUUCACCGCCUCGUCACGCUGUCCAACUCCAGGACGCAGCAGCUGAGCUUCAUCCUGGACUUCAGGAGUCUGGAGCAGGGCUUCACCGAGGUGAGCUCCUGGCUGCAGGACGAAGGAGAACCUCGUCUGAAGAAUCUGAAUGAACCUGAAGAUUCUCUGGAGCUGCUCAAAAAGAAACAGACGGACUUCAAGAACCUCAACACAACCGCUCAUGGUUACUGUAAACGGGGAGAGGCGUUGUUGAGUCGUCUGGAGCUCUGGGGAAACAUGUCGUCAGCGGACCUCAACAUUUACAAGGUCAAAAUUCACUCUUUCUGGGCUCAGCUUCAGGAUUUCUCUCAGCGGAUCAACGCCACUGAACAGACCAUCGAGCGCGCCGUUCGACUCUUCAGCUUCUUGGACCAGGCCUAUGGCUGGGCGCUGGAGGGUAUGCGUCAUCUAGCCGGCAUCAGUAUGGAGGAGUGCACCCUGCCAGACAAAUGCCAGGCUGUGAUUGGCUGCCUAGAGGACUACCACAGUCUGCACCCACCAAUCCCAGACUCCCAUUUUCAGGAGAUGAAGGCGGCGGCGGGUGAGCUGCGGGGCGAGCGAGGCCUCCGUCAGUGGAGCUUCGCCUGGUCCAAGUGUCAGGAGACUAAGAAGGUGUUUGACAGGAAGAUGGAGUCGGCGAUCAGGACACGAGACUCCGCCCAGAGACGUUGCUCUGACCCCGCCCCUAUUAGAAGCUCCACCUCCUCCAGGAAGACGCCAUCAGGACUCCGAAGGGUCUCCGAGACCUCCUGCCCCAUAGAGGACGCCAACACCUCCUCACCUUCUCGUAACGCCUCCAUCCUGCUCCCCCUCACCUCCUCACCCAUCACCUCCACCCCCCAGCACACACCGCUCCUCCAGCGUCUGUUCCGCAGCAGCUCCUCGGACGUGUCUUCAGUCCGGGUGGAUGUCUGCUCCUCCAGUCCCAGCCUCCCCCGCCUCGACUCCCCCUCCCCUUCUUCCUCCUCCUCCUCCUCCUUCUCCGGCAGGCGGCAGCAUCUUAGGAAAACUCAGAGCUUCGACUGCCCCUCCACCCCCGAGGCGUUGCGGUACGGACCAUGUCCUCGCACCCACAGCGAGCCGGUACGCAGAGGAAACACCGGCGUGUUCAUCCGCGGCCUGGAGGUCAGCAGCUCCGAGGCGGCCGACCACACGCUCUGCCCCAGGACGCCUGCUCACAGCUGGGCAGGACAGGGACACAGCCCCGGGACGCCCGGGACGCCCGGCACCCCGAGAACCAUCGGCAGCCCCGCAGCUGACCCCCGACCCAGGGGAAGUAAGCUGCGUCACAUCGUGGAGGAAAUGAUCACCACGGAGCAGGAGUACGUGCGCUCGCUGCAAUACAUCAUCCAUCACUACUUCCCUGAGAUGGACCGCGUCGACCUUCCUCAGGACCUGAGGGGGAAACGAUCCGUCGUCUUCGGGAACCUGGAGAAACUUCUGGACUUUCACAGUCAGUUCUUCCUCCGAGAGCUGGAGUCCUGCUGGAAACAUCCGCUCAGAGUCCCUCACUGCUUCCUCCGACACCAGGAACAGUUCGGUCUCUACGCUCUUUACAGUAAAAACAAACCUAAGUCUGACACUCUGCUGUCCAACCACGGAAACUCCUUCUUCAGGAGGAAACAGGUGGAGCUGGGCGAUAAGAUGGACCUGUCGUCCUACCUGUUGAAGCCCAUUCAGAGGAUGAGUAAAUACGCUCUGCUGCUCACCGACCUCAUCAAGGAGGUGGGCGUGGCUCAGGAGGCGGAGCUUGUCGCCCUGCAGGACGCCACCAACAUGGUCAAGUUUCAGCUUCGCCACGGCAACGACCUGCUGGCAAUGGACGCCAUCCGAGAAUGUGACGUGAACCUGAAGGAGCAGGGUCAGCUGAUCCGUCAGGACGAGUUCACCAUCUGGAGCGGCAGGAGGAAAUGUCAGCGCCACAUCUUCCUGUUCGAUGAGUUGGUUCUCUUCAGUAAACCCAAGAAGAUGGAGGGAGGUCUGGACGUGUUCAUCUACAAACACUCCUUCAAGACCGCAGACGUGGGUCUGACCGAGUCGACGGGGGACAGCGGGCUUCGGUUUGAGAUCUGGUUCAGGAGGAGGACGUCCAAGAAUCAGAAGUUCAUCCUUCAGGCUGCGACGCCUGACGUCAAACACGCCUGGACCGGGGACAUCGCCCGAAUCCUGUGGACGCAGGCCAACAAGAACAAAGAGAUGCGUCUGAAGGAGAUGGUGUCGAUGGGAGUUGGUAACAAACCGUUUCUGGACAUAAAGCCGAGCGACGCCGCCAUCAGUGACCGAGCUGUUCACUACAUCAUGAAGAGCCGAGGUGCCAGGACGAGGGCGUCCAUCGCCGUCUCCGUCUUCGACCACUCUAACCCUUUUAAGCGAGGAGUGGUGACCUCCGACCCCUCGAGCUCGGGGCCUUCGUCCUCCAGUCUGCUGGGGCCGCUCAACCUGCACAUGUUCAGCCAAAACGUGCCCCCCUCCCAUGCUGCGGACGGCUCCUUCAUCACUUCCUGUAUCGAGGAAGACGAGCAGGAGCACGAGACGAGCAGUCAGCCCUCCAUGACCACAGAGAGUUCAGGCUCGUCGUCUCGCUGCCUCUCCGGAUCCACAGGCUCCGACAGCGGCUGCGUCUCCUCCCACCUCCAGGAGGCGCUGCCCGAGGAGCUGAGCCUCCCUGGCCAGCCCUCCUCUUCCUCCAACAAGCAGCACCUGAGCAGCCAGUACAUUUCAUCAAAAACUGCCGCUGUGAUGGGCCCCUCCACCACCGUGUGAUGCCGCUCAGCCGCAGCACUCACCUGUUUGUGUUCUUCCUGCUGCAGUUUGACCGUCACUGAAAAAGUUUGAAUGUUUUAUUUAUGUUUGAAGCUUCGGUCGUUUGUUCUGUAAAUACGACGUAAGAUUUUCAGUUUGUGAGCUGAUCCAGGGCCUGAGUGAGGGUGUGUGUGCGUGUGUGUGUGUGUGCGUGUGUGUGUUUGUGUGUGUGUGUGUGAACUGAUCCAGGAUCAGCUGGACUCUGUACAUGUGUGUAAAUAAACCACAGCUGAGCAUCUGCUGUCACUUUUCUUACUUGAAUAAACCGAUGACACGUUGUUGUCAUCUCACGUUC